AUGCUCAAGACUGAUGGAACCAGGCAGCUGAAUGGCACCUGUGUCAGCUCGGUGGACCUGGAGCUCUUCCUCCAUUACUCCCUCAUCCCAUCAGUUUUCAUCAUUUUGGUCUUGUCCUUUCUCCAAAGGCGAGAGCACCGUAAACAGAGAGACGACACUUCUCACCUCCUGGGGAACCGCUUUGAAAUCAUCAUACCUCUGGACUUGGUGGGCACCUUUAGUAACCGAUGGUCCUAUGGAAUCGCCUUUGGGACCACAGCCAAUAAGGUCAUGUUCUUGUUCUCGGAAGGCUACCAGCCCUUGCAGAUCCCGCAGUGGGCCCAAGGUCCCUGAAGACCAAUGCUGUGGGGCACCUGGCAGGGUCAGAACAUCAUUUCCUGCUUCGUGGCUCAAGAUUCCUCUCUUCUGUUUUCACAAAGUGAUUAUGGAGGUGUAUCCCCCCCAACACCCUCAGCCUUUCCCAGUCAGCCUCUUCCCCCCACUGGCAUCUGGACCCACUGUUUCCCAACUCCUGACGUUCCUCUCCCUCUCACUUUGGAGUCUGACGGGUCUGCAGGCCGCCUCCAUGGGGGGCUGU